UGCGGACACGGAUCGGGACGGCGUGCGGACCUUUAAACGUCUUGGUUGAUCAGGCCGGAGCGGUAGAAUUAACAGAUCAAUCUUAAUACGACUCGGAAAGGAGUAUAAAGGACCUCUACUCGCUCCAACAAUGAUAGUUCAUCAGCAUUUCUUGUUAGCAAAACCAUUAAGGCCAACAUCAAUUUGGGUAGAAGAACUGCAAUACCCCUGUCGCGAUCUUCAUUAUGUCAGAGAUUAAAUCAGUUGCAAUCGCCGGUGCCUCUGGCACGCUUGGGCCUCAUGUCCUUAAAGCACUUAUCGACGCACAAUUCCAAGUCAAGGUCCUCGCUAGGUCUAAGAAGCCUGGAGAAUUCGAUGCGGGCGUUAAUGUAGUUGAAGUGGACUUCACAUCCGUGGAGUCUUUGACUGCUGCACUCAAAGGCAUUGACGCAGUCGUGUCCACUGUGGCCGGUACGGCCAUCAAGACUCAGACCGUGUUAAUUGACGCCGCUGCCGUUGCUGGAGUGAAGCGUUUCAUUCCUUCCGAGUACGGCAGUGUCACCACCAACCCCAAACUAGAAGCGUUUCCACUCUACGAAAACGUGUUCAAGAUCAAGCAUCACCUCCAAGAAAAGGCAAAUGCAGGACAGCUGACCUGGACGGUGCUCGCAUGUGGGGCCUUCCUGGAAUUCCUGUUUGCGCCGGGCGAGGCGAGUCUGUUAGAUUUUACAGAUCGCAAAGCUACCUUGCUCGACGAGGGUGAUAACAGACUGAGCUCUACUUCACUCGCGACUGCCGGGAAGGCCAUCGCCGGAAUUUUGAAGAACUUAGAGGCCACCAAAAACAGGGUCGUGAAAGUUUCGGAGGUGAUCUUGACGCAGAAUCAGCUGUUGAAAAUUGCAGAAAGACUGCGGCCAGGGGACAAUUGGGAGAUCAGCAAGGUUGCUGCAAGUGCGGUCUUGAAAGAGGGUCUGGAUGAACUGAGCGCUGGCGACUUCAGCUCUUCGGCCAUUUUUAAGGUCAUCAAUGGUACGGGAUUGGCCGGCGAAACAUACGGCAGUGCUUAUGAUGAGACGGACAAUGAGCUUCUUGGAGUCAAGGAGUUGACGGAGGAAGAUUUAAAAAAGUUCGUGGUUGAGAAGCUCGCAUAGAGUUGGACAGUCAGGAAGAGGAAACGACCGCACACUUAGAGUGGCAAGAAUAUAAAGAUCUCUACUCUCUACUACUACUACUGUACUAUGGUCACUGG